AUGGGUGGAAAGAAGCUGAAGGCCAUGAUUCACGUUAGGGACAGCGUCGUGGAUUUCCUAACCCGAGCAGAGAAGUUCCUGAAAACCACGCAGGCAGUGGAUGAGAACCAAAUACGGUUUCGGCUAGAGAAGUUGGAGGCCAAAUGGGAGGAAUUUGAGGGAAUUCAAGCAGACAUCGAAUCAGCGGAGGACUAUGAGGACAACCUCGAGAUGCAUCAUCAAGUCAGGGCGAGUUUCGAGGAAAAAUAUUUCGAGGUAAGGGCAGGGUUGGUUGGCAAGUUACCGCAACAGACGCAAACUCAAUCGUCACAAGGGUUUUCUUUCGUUCCUCAUUUGCAAUCGACUAACGUUAAUGCUUACGUACGACUUCCUCAAAUAAACCUUCCUGAAUUUGAUGGAAGUUUUGAAAAAUGGCUACCUUUCCACGACACAUUCAAGGCCCUGAUUGAUUCCGCCCCGGAGUUGAGUGGUAUCCAAAAAUUCCACUACUUGAGGGCUUCUCUGAGGGGUGAAGCAUUGAAGUUGAUCGAUUCUUAUCCGAUGAGCGAGGCAAAUUACGUAGUUGUAUGGAAUGGUUUGGUUGCACAGUUCUCCAAUGGCCAUUUGCUGAAAAAACGGCAUUUGUCAUGUUUGAUUUCCCGAAAAUUCGGAAAGAGCCUGCUAUAUGUAUUCAAGAUGUCGUCGACUGCUUUGAACGUAACUCCAAAAUCUUGGACCAGACCAGAGCAAACCACCGGCUGGGGUGCGAUGCUAACGCAUCUGAUGGUAUCGAAGUUGGAUGACUCUAAACAGAAGCGCUGGGAAGAACAUGUGUCGUACGAGAUCGAGCCAUCUUUCGUCGUCCUGGUGGAGUUUCUAAAAAGGCAAACAAGGGUUCUUGACGCUGUGCUAGUCGACCAAAAGGUACCUCUUACUCAAGCUCAAAAUCCCUCAAUCGGACUGAAGUCACGUCCUUCGAAGAUCUCGGUCAACUCGGCGACCGAGCGGAAGCCUUCAAACUGCGUUUCAUGCGGAGAGCAGCAUUUUAUCUCGCAAUGUUCCUCCUUCACUCAACUUCCGGUUGACCAACGGCUGCAUCUGACCAAUUCUAAAAGGUUGUGCAGCAACUGCUUGGGUCGAAAUCAUCUAGCGCGUGAUUGUCCCUCCAAAUACAGGUGCAGAACUUGCUCCAAGAAGCAUCAUACCUUACUACAUCCGGGGUUCCCUGGUUCAGGUUCUACUUCCAGUCCUGUUUCGGAAGCUUCAAGGAUUCAGGGACAGACUUCAACUGCUUUGGAAGGUACGAGUUCCGGAGGGUCGAUUACUAGUUCUGUGGCAUCCGUUUCAACAAACGCAGCAGUUGGGCAUCCGGGAAACCACGUCUUCUUGCUGACGGUGUUGCUCAAGAUCAAGGAUAACUGGGGUAGGACUCAUCUUGCGCGUGGCUUGCUGGAUUCUGGAUCACAAGCAAACUUAAUGUCGGAGAGACUCUGUCAGCUACUAAAGCUUCCACGGCGCGCUAAACGGGUGGAAAUUCAUGGUAUUGGUCAAGCGCGAAGGACAACGACACACGAGGUAUCAUCUUUCGUUUCGUCACGUAUUCGGAACUUUUCAACGUCAAUGGACUUUCUGGUACUGGGGCAGGUCACAGCUGAUCAGCCAUCCUCUUCUCUUCCACUGGCAAAUUGGGCACCGCCAUCCGGCAUGCAAUUGGCAGAUCCCGAAUUCAACGUGUCAGGACCGAUAGAUCUGGUACUUGGGUCGCAAUACUUCUACGAUUUCCAUAUACUCGAUGGUGGCCGGAUUCAAAUUCGCAAGCUCGACAGUGCUCUUCCAGCUUUCGUCAAUACCGUCUUUGGUUGGGUAGCUGCUGGAGAAUCCGAAUGGCCUGAAAACAAAUGGGUGGUUAAUUGUCAUCUAGCAACUACAGAAACUCUCGACUCGACAAUGCAGAAAUUUUGGGCGAUCGAAGAGAUGAUGGAAAAACCAAUACGAUCCCAAGAGGAAGAAGACUGCGAGCAACACUUCCAAGCAACAAUCGAUCGUGACUCUACCGGUCGAUACAUAGCACAGUAUCCGAAGAAGAUUGGUUUCCACGAGAAGAUCGGCGAUUCUAGGAACACGGCUUUGCGACGAUUCGAUCAACUGGAGAGGAGGUUAGGAAAGGAUCCAAAUUUGCAUCAACAGUAUAGCGAUUUUCUUCAAGAGUACCUCGAUAUGGGCCACAUGAAACUUAUCGGGACAUUGCAAGAUAUAAAGGAUGAAGGACGAACCGUUUGUUACCUCCCCCACCAUCCCGUCUUUAAAGAGACCAGUUCAACAACAAAGGUCAGGGUGGUAUUCGAUGGUUCCGCUAAGACAAGUACUGGUUCAUCGCUCAAUGAUUCGCUCCUCACAGGUCCGGUCAUCCAAGACGAUUUGUUGGACCUCAUGAUCCGAUUUCGCAAGCACACCGUAGCAUUGGUGGCGGAUGUGGCUAAAAUGUAUCGCCAAGUGCGUAUUCAUCCGGGCGAUACACCCCUCCAACGUAUUUUGUGGCGGUCUGCGCCAACCAGUCCAAUUCAAAUUUUCGAGCUGCAAACCGUUACGUACGGCUUAUCUCCGUCGUCGUUUAUUGCCACGCGUGUACUAAAACAGCUUCAGAUGUGUUGA